GUAGUUUUUUUUUUACUUGUCAUACAACUUUUCAAUAUAGUUAUUAAACUAAAUUAUUUUCAGUUUGGACUGAAAAGUUGAGUAAAAAUGUGCCUGACUUUACUUUUUGCGGCAUCAUUAGUUAGUAUAGCUUUGAGUGAUGAUUUAAGUGAUAAAGUAAGCGUAAAAAAUGUGUAUCCGGACAAUGCCUAUAACUACAUGAAUUUCACGACAAAAUGUUUCGGUGAUUUGGGAUGUUUCUAUACCGGUCCUCCUUGGUACCAUCCUCUGUACAGACCAGUAAGUGUACCGCCACAAGAACUGCACACAAAGUUUUUGUUGCAUACUCGUUCCAAUAAACAGACGCCCUAUGAUCUGAAACCAACAGCAGAAUCACUGUCAAAGUCUCCUUACAAAGAUAAUUCAACAGUAAAAGUACUCGUUCAUGGGUAUACAGGUCAUCCAAAAUCACUUACAGGUAUAAUGCAAGAGCUCUUGAAGUAUUCCUCUUACAAUGUAAUCUUAAUAGACUGGUCACGUGAAGCAAGCGGUACUCCAGCUCAAGCAGCAGCCAACGCCAGAUUGGUCGGAGCGUAUACAGCUAAACUUCUUCAUUUAAUAAUGAAUCAAACUGGAUUGGAACCAGAAAACAUCCAUCUGAUUGGUCACAGCUUUGGAGGUCAGCUGGUCAGUUACAUUGGAGAGAGAGUUAGAAAUUUGGGCAGAAUCACAGCCUUGGAUCCACCAGGUCCAUACUUUGACAAUGCACCCAAAGAAGUUCGUUUAGAUAGGAGUGAUGCUAUCUUUGUUGAUGUUUUACAGGCGACUGCUGGAAAAACCUAUUUUGAGGGCAUUGGCACAAAUGAUAUUAUUGGGCAUGCUAUCUUCUCCAUCAACGGUGGACAUCGUCAACCAGGCUGCCCCUACACACCUACCAAACGUCCACGAAGCUUUGCUGCUCUUCGGCCCGGCCCUUUAUGCAGCCACGAGCGAGUUCUAGACUAUUUUAAGUCUUCCAUCAAAACUUGUAACUACACUUCAUACGCAUGUUUCUCCUACGAAGCAUAUAAGAAUGGUCAAUGCAAGGACACUCCAUACAAGAACAGGAUGGGACUCCACGCUGUCAAACCACCCUAUCAGCUCAAUUAUUUCUUGGACACCACCGGUACAGCUCCCUACUGUGAAGCCAAAGACAGUGAACCCUCACUUCUGCACCAGUUCUUACAUGCACCUUUUUCAUUUAUACUACGAUUUUUAUAGGUCUCCCGGUAAAGCUCCCUACUGUGAAGCCGAAUAAUUUAUGUAUUCCUCUUAUUGUUAUGUAGUUAUGAAUCCUCAUUAAAUUAUGAAUUACAUUACAUUUA